AUGUCUGAUCAGAAUCCAGAUGCUAGUGCUCCGGAUGUCCCUCAUAUUGAGAGUUCUGAUUCCGAACAUUCAUUUAGAGAUUUUGAUGAUGAAAGUGGUGAGACUGAUGAGGACAGCGUAUAUGAGAUUGAUGAUGCAUGGGAAUCUAUUGGUCCUAGACGUGCUACGGAUAAAGUUUUUAUGUCCAAAUUGAAGUUUGUUAUUUAUCAAGAUCACUCUUCACCGUUAGAAUUUGAAGAAGGAUGGAGCUCAGUUAUAUCAGAGUAUAAAUUACAGGAUAACGAAUGGAUGUCUGCUAUGUUUAGGAAGCGUAGAAGUUGGAUUCCCGCAUACUUUUCAGAUAUUGACAUAGAAGGUUUCUUACGCACCACGUCGAGGUCUGAAAGCUUCAAUUCCUUUUUCCAACACUUUCAUGAGAGUGGAGACACCCUAGUUGAGUUCUUUUCAAGCUUUGAGAGUGCUAUGGACAAACAAAGAAUCCGUACUGUAGAAGAUGACAAGAAUUCACGCAAGACACCAAGGUUGGAGACUCCAUUGCUGAUUGAAAAAGAUGCUGCACAUGUGUACACGUUGGCUCUCUACUACCAUGUUAGGGAGGAAAUAAAAAAUGCUUGUUUUCAUACAAGCAUGCCCGAGAUGACACAAACCAAUGAGACACGGGUUUUUAUGUGCAAAGAUGAUUUACUCAAAGGCAAACUAUUCAAGCAAUGUGGCAUUCAUACAAUCCCACGUCAAUUUAUAAAAGCCAGGUGGACAAAAGAUGCAUUGAAAAAUCAUUCCUCAAUAGGCUCGCUUGAAACUUCAUCAAAUUGUGACAAGACUAAGCGGACAAAACUAAAACGUACCAGAGCAUGGUUUGAAUUUGAGAGCUGUUUGGACUUGGUUGGCGACGAAGAGGACAAGUUGGAUAUGGUGAGGUUACUUUUGCGAGAUAUAGAAUCAAAGUUGCAGAAGGAUUCUGAACAAAAUGACGAACUAGGUCAGGCACACCGAGCUGAUGCAUUUAUAGAGCCUGUACCACUUAAUGAGGAAUGCGUUCGGAAUCCUAAUAUCUGUAAAAACAAAGGUAGUGGCUCGCGCAUUAAAAGUACUCGAGAGAUAUCUAUUCAGUCUAAGGGACAAUGUACAUGCAACAUUUGUAAUAAAACCAAAGGACACAAUGCGCGCACGUGCCCCACUCUAAAGAAAUAG